AUCUUUACCAAUGGUAACAUUUGAAGGUGAAAAUGGGAUAGACGCUGGAGGUUUAAGGAAAGAAUAUGGCACCCUUCUCCUGAAGUGCAUGUUUUCCUCUGAUGCUAAACUAUUUGAGGGUAAAGAAGACAGGAAAGUCCCAAUGUACUCAAUGGAAGGACUUCAAUCACGAUUGUUCCAAGUGGCUGGAAAAAUGGUGGCAUACUCAAUUGUGCACUUGGACAUUGGUAUACCUUGUCUUAGCCCUUGCGUUUAUGAGUACAUAGUCAGUGGGUCCUUGGAACAUGCAUCAAACUGCUGCAGUGUGGAUGAUCUCUGCGAAUACGAGAUUAAAGAAUUAACUGAGAAGGUAAUUGCAGCUUCAUCAACAGAAGAGUUACAGGAAAUCAAAAAGGAUAGCUUGCUAAUUGAUGGAUUAGUAAAUGCUGKAUUUUUGAAUGACCUCAAUAUGGAAAACAAAAGCCUUGCCAUGCARASCCUACUUAUUCACUCCACAAUUAUAAAGAGAAAAGAGCCGCUGGACCAGUUCAUCAAGGGCCUAGGUACCYUGGGCAUUCUAUCCCUCAUAAGAGAUCACCCACAACUGAUGAAGAAAUACUUUAUAGCAUCAGAGUCAACUACACUAACAAGUGAGGAUUUAAUAGCACAACUUGCAGCAAUUCCAAAUGAACAAGAGGAAAAGUCUUAUAACUUUCUGCUUAGAAGUAUCAAGAAAAUUGAAGAASGUAUGUAUUUAAGAAAUAGUUUGCAUUUUUCUGUGCAUCUGUACUUUAAUAGAUGCACAGAUGACGUCAAAAUAUGGUGAGAACAAAAAGUAUGAAURAGACG